UUUUUGUUUGUUUAAAGAUUCAAUAUCUGAAAUACAUUCUAACAUCUUAUUUAUCCACCUAACUAACGAAGAAAGUAUCAACAUAUAGAGGCAUCGCAGCAGAAUAACAUUGAAUGACAACCAUGUCAAAACAGACAGAUGAAGUAUUAGAUAUAUUCAAACAACUUAAUAAAAUUCCAAGUUUUGUAUCUGCAAGAAUUCUUUCUGAAACGAAUAAUAAAAUUACGAUACAAUCUGUGUGGUCUCAAAAAAAUUUAGAAAGACUUGUAAAACAAAAAUUUAUUCAAGAAUCUACUUUUGAUACAAAUUUACAAUCACUUGUACAAAAUUUUCCUAUUGAAAUUACUUCCGAGCUUAUGUCAUCAAUUUCGGCAGACGAAAAAUUGAAAGCAAUUUUGCGAGAAGUUACAGUUAAUAGUAAAACAAAACAGUUUAUAGAAAUUUGGGAUAAACAGCAUCUUAUGAAGUCUUAUGAUUUAUCAGUAUAUAAUAUUCAUGAAGAUAUAUAUAAUGAAUCUACAUUUUGUUCAUUCUGCUUUUCACUUGAUAAUAAACAAUUAUUAUAUAUUGCUGAAAAAAAAUUACCUAAGCAAGAAUCUUAUUACCAACCAAAACCGGAAUCAAAAACUAAAACAGAUAAAUUUGAAAAUGAAAAAGAAUUAUGUCAAGGUACAAAAUACAUUUAUAGACCUGAUUGGGGAGAACAAUUAAUUGCCAAGCACCGUUCUAUUGUAGUUAUCUUAAACAUCAAAGAAGAUACAUUAGUUCCAAUAACAUCAAUUCCAGAUGAGUAUUUUCCUGCUCAAGUAAUAUGGGCGCCGGAUAAUAAUAGCAUAGUUGGUGUAGCUUAUAAACUUAAACCAAGAUAUCUCGGGCUCUAUGCUUGCACCAACAGGGAAUCAUAUAUUUUUCAUUUGAAAGGAAAUGACUUUCGUAAAUUAACUACUGAUGGUUUGUCAUGUACAACACCACGCUUCAGUCCUGAUGGAAAAUAUCUCAUAUGGCUUGAACGAGAUAUUAGUCCUGCUCACCAUCAUGUACAUAGACUUAUGUAUUUACAAUGGAAUAUUGUUAAAAGUUCUAAUAUAUUAGUUAAUUUGAUAAAAAAUUAUAUAGUUAUUGACCAUUAUAAAAAUUUUUACGGUCUUUAUAAUCCAAGUCUUCCCGAUCGUUGUUGGAGUAAUAAUUCAAAACACAUAUUCCUUAGUACACCUCAAAGGUUCAAUAUAAAAUCAUAUAUUAUCAAUUUAGAAACAAAAAACAUAACUGAAGUAGAUAAUUUUGACAAUAGUAGUUUGAGCGUUAUUGACGUUAAAAAUAAUUUUAUAGCUUUCAUAAACGUCUCGGUAAUUAAGCCACCGCAAUUAAUAAUUGCAAAAUUCGAUAAUUCUUUAUCAAAUAUUGGAAAACUAUGUUUUAUUGAUGUUACUAAAAUAUUCAAUAUUCCGAAUAUUGAAAAUUUUAUAAAUGAGCAGACCGAAGCCGUAUAUAACACAAAUGAACCUGUCAAGAACUUCAAUUUUACUUAUUUUGGCACGAAAAAAGCACAAAACCAAUCAACACCUUUAGUUGUUGCACUACAUGGUGGACCUCAUUCUUCAUAUUGUAAUACGUUCCAUAUAAAUUAUGCAUUAAUGGUUUGUUUAGGUUUUGGAGUUUUACAAAUAAACUAUCGCGGUUCUACUGGAUUGGGUGGAGAUAAUAUUGAUUACCUUCUCGGUAAAAUUGGCGAUAUGGAUGUUGCCGAUUGUGUAAAGGCUGUUAAUUUAGCUGUGAACAAGUAUCCCUGGAUAGAUCCAAAGAAAAUCAAUUUAUAUGGUGGAUCUCAUGGUGGGUUCUUAUGUGCUCAUCUCAGUGCCAAAUAUCCAGAUAAAUUUAGAGCAGUAGUGAUGUUAAAUCCAGUAAUUGACAUAGCAGCCAUGUAUUCAUCAACAGAUAUUCCAGAUUGGUGUUGUGCUGAGAGUGGGUGUUCUUUUGUUAAGAAUGUAUCCAAUGAACACGAAAAUUAUAAUGAAUUAUUAUUAAAAAUGUUAAAACAUUCCCCUAUUCUUCAUGUAGAUAAAGUUAAAGCACCUACUUUAAUCAUCCUUGGAUCAAAAGAUUUACGAGUACCACCAUUUCAAGGUAAAUUGUGGUACAAUAAAUUGUUAUCUAACAAUGUUCAUACUAAGUUAUUCAUUUACGAUGAUAAUCAUUCAUUAAAAAAAGAUGAAGUUGAAAUAGAUAAUAUUAUUAAUUCUGUACUUUGGUUAAUAGAACACAAUGAUAAAUAA